AUGGGGGUUACUUCGGAGGAGAAGGUCGAAUUGGCCGCUUUCCAACUCAAAGGGGUUGCUCAAAUUGAAGAGAAGAAACUAAAAGGGAGAUAUAGGGAGAAAAAGAGGUUUGGAGAUGAUGAUAAUUCCCCUCAUGUAAGAUCUGAUGGACAUGGUCAUCCUAAGCAUCGACAAAGGUUUUCCGAGCAAGACUCCUCCAAUGCUCCUAAGUAUAGUGAAGAUAGGGUGUCUAACCCUAAACCACAAGGAAUAAGUAGUGAAUCACUAUGGCCUACUUGUGCUAGAUGUGGAAAAAGACAUGAGGGUAGGUGUUUGGCCGGAAUGGAGGGUUGCUUUAGUUGUGGUGAAAGUGGCCACGUGAUAAGGAAUUGUCCAAAAAUGAAGGCUAAGGGAACAAAUGUUAAGCAAUUUGCUCUUAGUGGUUCGGAUGCGAAUGCUCCAAGGAAAAAUAGGUUCUAUGCUCACCAAGCUAGAGGUGAACAAGAAUACCCUCCGGAUGAGACUAUCAGUAUGUGUUUUAUGCUUUAUUAG